GAACACUCGUCCACCUCAUCGUUGUCGUCCUCGUCGUCGUUCGGUUCUCGGAUUUCGCCGGCUCCCAAAGUCACGAGUUUACGAGCUUAGUGGGCGGUGAAUCUCCCUGCCGGCACCGAGCCCCCCAUGCAAAUAGUACGUGUGUGUGCGCAUAUAGACUGCAACAUAAAUUAAAUCGAAUUAAAUCCGCACAAGACUCAAACUAAAGUCGAAAUAUUACAAUAAUUGCCCAGUUACUGUUGCGUGUGAGUGUAUCUGUGUGUGUGUGUGUGCUUUUGGGGCGACAUCUGUUGUCUGAUUUCCGCUUUUUCCUGGUUUUCCCGGCUUUUCUUCAUACCGAAACUUUAAUUGUGUCGUUGUGCCAAGUUCGUGACUUUAAUAUAAAUAAAUAAUUUAAAGAAAAAAACAUACAUGGCCAACGGUUCUGGAAAGGAUCAACAGCAAUUUAAUUAAACCACAAAGAAUUCCACUUGAUUGCAAAACAUAAAUAUACUGGAAAAACAUGAACGUUGCCGAUAAAAUUCCUUACUUGCAUAAAAUAUGAAAUAUAUCAAAUUUUAAUAUUGCCAUUUGCGUUAAUUAAACCAUGAGCAAUUCCAACAGCCGGAGCCGGACAAGCCACUAGCUUAAAAAUGCAUAUUCCCAAGUCUCGACGUCCGAGCACGUCCCUGUCGCCCAAGGACUACGCAGGACUCGCCGGCUGCUCGGCGCUGGCUUUUGUCCUGUACCUAAACACACUUAACGCUGGAUUUGUCUACGAUGACAGACGCGCCAUCUUGGCCAACGGAGACGUGACGGCAGCUCGGCCACUGUCUCAUCUUCUGCGGAAUGACUUCUGGGGCACUCCGUUGCUGGACAGCGGCUCGCACGGCUCCUGGCGUCCGCUGAGUGUGCUCAGCUUCCGAAUGAAUUUCCUGGUGGGCGGACUGAACCCCGUUGGCUAUCACCUGGUCAACGUGCUUCUCCACUGCUUGGCCACCGGACUAGUGGUGCUCGUUGGCCAUACGCUCUUGCCAUUUCGAGUUGGAUCCUUGGCCGCCGGCCUGCUUUUCGCCGCCCAUCCGAUACAUACGGAAGCAGUGGCCGGAUUGGUGGGACGGGCAGAUGUAGUGGCUUGUGUGUGUUACCUGCUCGCCUACCUCGCCUAUCGCCGGCACAUGCUCAGCCGGGAAUGGGGAUCCCUGGCUCUCACCAUUGUCCUCGCCUUGGGCGCGUUGCUUUGCAAGGAGACGGCUAUCACGGCGCUGCUACUGUGCGGAUUGUGCGACGUGAUGUCGGCAAUUAACAGGGAAAAUACUGACAAGCAUCGACUGCGAUCUCUCUCGAUUUUAAGUGUCACCUUGUUGUGUGCCCUGUACUGUCGCCUGAGUGUCCUACCGCGUCCUUCCGCAGCCUUUUCAGUCGCAGACAAUCCAUCGGCUCAUGACUCUUGCAUUUGGACUCGAUUCCUGACCUUUAUGUACCUGCCUGUGGCCAAUUUCCAACUGCUUUUGUGGCCCCAGGACCUGAGCUUCGACUGGGGCAUGGAAGCGGUGCCACGGAUCACAACGCUCUGGGAUGCAAGAAAUAUCCUGAGCAUCGGCUUCUACGGUUCCCUGAUUGCAGUGCUUUGGCGAAGCUCUGGCCUGCGUCGUUCCACUUCCUCGAUGGACUUUGCGGAAGUGGCCAACAUAUCCCUGCCUCUCCUUCGGCAUUUGGGUGGCAAUAGCUGCCACACAUGGCUGCGCCUCACCUGCGAUUGCCACAGCCACCACCACCACCAGGUGUCGGAGCAUGCGAGAUCGGCUUCAAGCUAUUAUCCUGCCCCCAAGAGCUCCGCCUCCUCCGCUUCGCCAGCUGCCUUUGUGAGCGUUGCCUUCCUGGUGCUGCCAUUCCUGCCCGCUAGCAAUCUGCUCUUCUACGUGGGAUUUGUAAUGGCCGAAAGGGUGCUCUACCUACCGAGUGUGGGCUACUGCCUGCUCCUUGGCCACGGCUUUGGCAGUGUGUGGCAAAGGGUUCAUGGCUCUCGGCGAUCCCGGAUACUGCUUCUCUGCGGCCUGGGGCUGCUCCUUGGAGUCCAUUGCCUUCGCACCGUCAGACGCAAUUUGGAUUGGCGGGAUGAGGAGCAGCUAUUUCGUAGUGCAAUCAGCGUAAAUCCCCCGAAGGCUCUGGGGAACCUGGGCAGCGUUUUAAGCGCCCAAGGAAGGUAUCAGGAGGCGGAACGGGCCCUCACCACGGCCCUUAGACAUCGUCCCACUAUGGCCGACGCGCACUUUAAUCUGGGCGUGGUGCACCAGAGGCAACUCAACUUCAGUUCAGCUGUUUCCUGCUAUCGCAGGGCCAUUGAAUUGCGUCCUCAGCUGGCCGUGGCCUAUUUGAAUCUGGGCAUAUCCUUAAUGUCCCUUGGCGACCAUCGUCAAGAAGCCAUCUCUGUGCUCCGAACGGGAGCCCGUCUGGAUGGACAUGGGGUUCGGGAUCGGGGGGCCCACGAGGAGGCUCGCUACACCUGUUACCUGCAACUGAGUGGCCUGCUCCGCUCAGAGGGACAUCUUCAGGAGGCUGCAUCAAUGCUCAAAGAAUCCCUAGAUGUUCUCACCUCACUGCCCCAAAAGCAUAGGGCGAUGCUGCACCUGCGUCUUGGCGAAAUCCACGCCGAGAUGCAGCAUUGGAAUGAGGCUGAAUAUCAGCAGAGGUUGGCCAUGGAACUCCAGCCACAGCAGGGAGCAGUAUAUGUCACCUUUGGCCAGACGCUGGCCAGGAAUGGCAGUCGGCUGGCGGAAGCGGAAAUGUGGUUUAAAAGAGCCCUGCAGCUGGCACCCUUGGAGGCCAGCUCACAUCAUCAUUAUGCUGAUUUCCUGGAACAGCAGGAGCGUUAUCAGGAGGCGCUUAGCCUUCGCCUGAGAGCUGCCGCCUUGGCGCCUCAUGACUAUGUCCUACAGUCCUCCGUGGCGGAUGCACUGCGCCUGCUAAACCGCCUGGUCGAAGCGGAGCUAUGGUACCGAAAGGCGGUCAAUAUGCAGCCGCUGGCGGCCCAUGCUCACGCCAACCUGGGGGCCAUCCUGCAGAUGCGUGGCCUCCGAAAGGAAGCGGCAGAGUGCUAUUACAGGGCCUUGGAACUCCAGCCAGGACAUGCCAUCAGCAGGGCCAAUCUGGACAAGAUAAACCAACACUGGGACACCAAAACGUAGCAGUAGUCCCGGGCCGGAAAAUACUUGUUGAGAUUGUAGGCUUCAAAAAAUUAUAGAUAGGAGAAAGAGAUUAUUAAAUAAUAUAUAUAUUUUUGAAAA